AUGUAUCCAAGUGGAUUAAGUAUUACACCAUGGCCAAUUUUCAAUGAUCCUGCUUGGUUUAAAAGUUUAAGGGAUAUCAAAAAACUUUUAGACGAACAAAAUCCUAAAUAUGAGAAUGCACGAUUAUUUUUACAGAAUACAAAAGUUAUUAUGGCUAAAUUAAAGAUUUGUGAUUGGAGUUCUUUAAAUGAGAACCUAGUUCAAAUUCGUAUAUCGAUACUUAAAAAGCUUCUUCCAACAGUAAUUUCACUUGGAAUUGAAAUAAAGGAUUCAACUAUUGAACAUUUAUUGAAUAGAGAUACUGGACUUAAUAUAGAUGAUCCUGCAGUUCCUAUAUUUGAAAUAUGUAAAGAUUUUAAUAAUUCAACAAUCUUGUUUGCUGAUUCGGAGCUUUUGUUAUUCGAAGAAAAUAGAGACUUUAUUCACCUUUCUACUGGUCAAAGAAUUUAUUUUGAAGAAAAUAUACAAAAACGUGAUGAAGCAUCUAAUGAUACUUUAUGGUUUAAUAAGUUGGAAAAAUUUUUUAAAUUUAUUAUUGAACGUCGAGUCCUUCGUGUUCAAGAAUGGUUUACACAAAACACUAUUAAAUUUCCACCAGAUAAUAACGAAGUUAUUAUUUGUCAAUAUGCUAUUGAACAAGAAAUUACCAGGCUUACACUCUUUUGGAAAUUAUGUGGUCUUACUUGUAAUUAUUGCAACCUUAGGUGUUUAAAUAAUCGUGAUCAUGAAGGAGAGCAUAAUUGCACAACAAACCAUGAAUGUCACGCUAAUUGCCAGUUUACUGAAACACAUAUUAAUGAAAACAUUAUUCCGAAAUGUAGCUAUAAAGCUGGUCAUGAAGGCAAACACGCAUGUUAUGGCGCCAGUCACUUAUGCGGAAAGCCUUGUCGUUUCUCAAAUAAAAAGAAUUGCCUGAAAAAAUGCUCAAAAGAAAUUGAUCAUGGGGAUAAAAAUCAUCUAUGCCAAUCCACGCUUCACUAUUGUGGUGCAUCAUGUUCAUUAGCUACACAAAAUGGCGACUAUAGAUGCCCUAACACAUGUAAUUUACCGUGCGAAGAGCAACACGAUUCUCAUCGGUGUGAGGAUGAAACAUGUCCUAUUCAAUGUCCAGUCAAUGGUUGCCCGCGGCGUUGCAAGAGUAAUGACCAUUUUCAUGCCCUUUCAGACUCUGAUCAUUUUUGCGGAAAUGAACAUCAAUGCCAGGAAUUAUGCGAAGAACCUGGAAUAUGCAAAACCCAAUUGGAGCCAAAAAAGCAAGAAGAAAUUUAUAAAGGACUUGUUAAAGGAACCUCAAUUACAUUCACCAAAUACAUUCAAAUGAUUGAAACGCUGCCUUGUAGUAAGAAAAUUCCACCAAAUUCGUUUAAGCAUACUGGCACACAUUCUCAUGAUAUAAGUGACAGGAGUAAACAUUACUGCAAUGUAAAAUGCAAAUAUUGUGAAUAUUAUGCAAGUUAUCUUUUUAUUUUAUUUUUAAUUAAUGAAAAAGCCCUCAAAAUGUUUUAUUUAUUAUUUGAUGUCACUUUUCCUAUCAAAGAUGAUGAUAAUGAAUUUUUAUAUGGAGGUCAUAGAUUAAAGGCUGGUGAUGAAGGAACUUUCGUAUUAUGCACUUUGGCAUGCCGUGUUCAUCCUAAUCCUGAAAAAGCAAAAGACUUCAUAUCACAUCGACGUUUUUGGAAGCUUACUGGUUUUAAGGAUCCAUAUAGCAUACAAGAUCAACAUGAAUUCUCUAAAUGUGAUCACGAAUGCCAGGAUGAAAAACAUAAUACGACAGAUGACCCUUCUAAAUCUUACUGUGAAAUGCCACUUUUCCACGCUAUCCUUGACCCAUCAAAAGCUCCUCCAGAACAUGGGUAUAUUUCACUUGAUGGUCAUCGUUUUAAUUGCGAAGACCCAAGUAAAUCAGAAGUUGAUUUCCAUAUUAUUUUUGUCCUGGAUCGGUCUUCUUCUAUGCGAGAAAGUGACAGGAAACCCAUACAAGGCACUCCAAUUUAUAAUGAUCUUAUCAAAGGACAUAAUAACCGUCUUGGCGCUGUUUAUAAUGCGGUUUAUUUAUUUUUAAAAACCCGCUUAUCUUCACAAACUGCUCAAUACAAUAAAGCAGUUUCCCGAGAUACUGUUUCUUUAAUACUUUUUGACUACGAAGCGAUAAUCGCAAUUGAAAACCAACCUUUGAAAGAUCCUGAAAGUCUCUUAAAUAUGAUGCUUCAACAUAAUUAUAGAGUGGGGACUAAUUUCAACAAUGCAGUUCUAAAAGCUGGUUCUUUGAUUGAUAAUCAUUUUAAUCCUUCAAAGACGAAUAUUAUUUUGUUCUGUUCAGAUGGAAAGUGUGGGGUGCCUAAUGAGGAGUUAAAAAGCAUUUGUUCAAAAAAUCAAAAAAGAGGGUCUCCAAUAUUUUUGAACACGAUUUUAUUCAGUAAUAAUUUAGAGUGUCCAUCAUUGCAACAUAUGGCUGAUAUAGCACAAAGUUAUCUUCCAAAAGCAACCAAUUCUAGUGCAUUAAGAUGUCAAUUUACAAGAGUUAUAGAUGAAGUAAUUUUAGUUAAUACUUUUAAUGGUAUUGCGGAGAGUUUAAGAAGACAUAAACCAGUAUUGUUAAAGAAAAAUAAGUUAUAA